AUGACGAACUUUAUGCGGUCUCAGGAACGGCAACCUGUUCUCCUGUGGAGCAUUUCCGAGACGCUGGCGCCCUUCUGGUGGCACCUGAGCCCCCAUCUCUUCCCAGGGACCCCGAGAUGUGCGUGUUCAGACCCCCUCCUCUCCCCCCACAUCGCGUGCGGUCUUCUCUACACCGCAACGGCCCGGGACUUGUCCCCGCUCCCUACCCCAGCCCCCAGCCCCAGCUCCGGCCGGGAGCUUGUGCAUUUACCGCGCCGCCCGGGCUGCCAACUUACCACAAGCGUCCGGGAGGAGGACCACGCAGCGGUCGCCGCGGCGGCAGCGGGACGAGGGUCGGACUCGGCUGCAAUCGGCCAGCGGAGCCCGCGGCAGUCUGUGCGCUGCUCUGCGCUGCGCGCCGCCAGCCCGCGCCUCGGCGGAGGGCGGGAGGGAUGGAGGGAUGGAGGGGGCUCGGCGCGAGGGGCAGCGCCAGCCAGUCAACCUCCUGCGGGCGACCGUGCGCCCCCGGACCGGUUCGGCUUGCUUGGUUCCGCUAGCUACCCUAGCUUAGUAACUGACCACCUCCAGCAUCUCUGCGCAAUUCGCACGCUCAUGCUCGUCCGGCGGUCCCUAACUAACUACACUAUUCUAAACGGACGAAGGCCAUCACGCGAGCGCCACGACGAUCUCGACGACUCCGACGACACGGGCGUCUACGAAGAAGGGAGAGAGUUCAUCUGCCGCCGGCAGAACUUGACUGAUGUUCAACAGAUACAUGAAAGAAAGUUCAAAAUGAAAGGUGAAUUUCAGAAAACACAUGGAACUAAGGUUUGUUUCCUUCUCUGUGACUGACCCCUGCUGGAUGGAAAUUGAAGGUGCCAACACUUAGAUUUAGACAGAACACCAAUCCCACCAUCAGUGUCAACUCGCCUUCACCAAUGUCUUCAGGUUCUCUCCCAGUCUGCAGCCCACCACAUGAAAUGCUUCUUUUUAUAACUUUGUUAUGCUAGAUUGGAUGUCAUGAUUACAAUGACCUUAGUUCUGUGGUUUAUAUGUCUACAUCAAUUAUAUAUCUCUAUCAUCUAUAUAAUCAUGCAUAUCUAUAUUCACACACACCUCACCUCUACACAACUGAUAUGCCCAAGUCCCUGACCUCUGACCCUGUUACUUCCAUCCACUUCUACCUGUCUCUCAAUUUCUUUUUUUUUCUGUUAUCAUUUCUGUGAUCUAGGAUCCAAGGUAAUCUACGUUUCUGCUCUUUGAUAGCUAACAUUCCCUUACCCACUUAUAC